AUGAAUGUGCAAAUUGCACUUGAAGCAAGACGCAAGUUCGACCUUCUAAAUGGUGUUAUCACCAUGCCUACACCCCCAUGUACUCAGUCAGAUUGGAUUGCUAUUAAUGCAAUGCUCGUCUCAUGGAUCACGAAUACAAUUGAGCCCGAGGUAAAGUUUUCUAUUGCUAAAUGUGAGCAAACUAAAAAUAUGUCAGUUUCUAGCUAUUAUGGGAAAUUAAAUGCUUUAUGGGAGGCCCUUGAUAUUCAUGAACCUAUUAUCUCUUGUUCUUGUUGUUCUGAGUGUAAUGCGGGUAGUAUUCAUGAAACUCGACGUGAGCAAGCUAAGUUACACGAGUUUAUAAUGGGCUUGUAUUCAGAUUACUAUGCUCACCUGCGUACUAGUAUACUGUCACAGGACCCUCUGCCUUUUCUUGACCGUGCAUAUCAGUUAGUGACUCAAGAUGAACGGGUACCCAUGGCCAAGUUUGAACCUGGUGAUCAACCUCACGAGGCUCUUGGAUUCACUGUUCGUACGGGUAUGGGGCGAGGGAGAGGACGAGCUGACCGUCCAGUUUGUACACAAUGCAAAAAGUUAGGCCAUGAUGCUUCUCAAUGUUUGGCUCAUUUAAUUUGUAGUCACUGCAAGAAGCAUGGACAUGACGUUAAUAAGUGCUAUGAGAUUGUAGGCUAUCCAAAUACAUGGCUUGAAUCAUCUCGGUCUGAUGGUGGAACUGGUCGGGGAAGCAGAUACUCCACGUUUGGACAAGGUCGAGGUACUGUACGUGCUAACGCAGCCUCAGGAAGCAGCACUUCUGUGGCAGCGGUUAGUUCGACAACAGGCAAUAGUGACCCUCAAUUAUUUUCGGCCGAACAAUGGAAGGCUCUUGCGGGUUUGUUUGGUAAUGCAAAGGUUUCGGAAAGUCGUUUAAGUGGUAAGUUUGAUACUGAUUUGUGGAUCAUUGAUACUGGGGCUACGCAUCACGUGACUGGUAACAAAUCAUGGUUAUUUGAUACACAUAUAUUUGAAUGUCAUGUUGGCCUACCUAAUGGUGAAAUUUCAGUUGCUACUUUGGAGGGUUGUGUCCGUUUGUCGGAUAAAAUAACUCUAAAACAUGUCCUUUAUGUUCCACAAUUUCAUUGCAACUUACUCUCCGUUUCUCAACUAAAUGAUAAUUUACAAUGUGUUGUCCAAUUUAAUUCUUAUAUGUGUGCUAUACAGGACCAAACGAAUGAGCUGAUUGGAACGGGAGUUAGGAGAGACGGACUUUACUACUUCGGAUAA